GGUUCCCGGAGUCCUUCGCGGGCAAACUUCAGCCCGGCGCGAUGGAUGCCCUUCACACCGCCGGGAUCCACUUCGCAGAGGUGCUGCAGUCCGGGCCGCCUUGGCUGGAAAAGUUCUGGAUCUCGGUGACCUCCUUGGCCGAUCCCAAAUGCAUCUUCACCGUCUGUUUCCCUCUCGCCUAUUUUCUCGACCGCAAGGUGGGGGUGUCGGUGCUGUGGACCGGCCUGGUGUCAGAGUGGCUCAACGUGGUCCUCAAAUGGUUCUUAUUCGGGGAGCGCCCGUUCUGGUGGGUCCAUGAGUCAGGGCUCGCCAGCAAGGAGCUGGUCGCACUGCGCCAGUUCCCCGUCUCCUGUGAAACGGGACCGGGGAGCCCCUCCGGCCACUGCAUGAUCACGGGGGCAGCUCUCUGGCCGCUCGUCACCGCUCUGACGGCGCUGGCAUCCAGACACUCCAGGAGCCCGGUGGUGAAGCUGACCCCCUUCAGCACCUACGCCCUGCUCCAGCUAGCCAUGGGGCUCUCACGGGUCUUCGUCCUAGCCCACUUCCCCCAUCAGGUGGUCGGUGGCAUCCUGGCAGGGGCAGCCCUGGGUUGGGGGCUUCAGGCUCGCACCCCGGCCACCCACACCGUGGGCUUCUUCACGGCCGCCACGCUGGCCCUGCUGCUCGGCUCCCUCGCCCUGCACAGCCUGGCCAUCGCCGCCGGCAUCGACAUCGACUGGUCCAUCCGCCUGGCCACCAAAUGGUGCUCCGACCCUGCCUGGCUCCGCCUCGACACCCGGCCCUUCACCUCCAUCUGCCGCGACGCCGGCAGCGCCUUGGGGCUGGGGCUGGCCGCCGGUUUCCCCCUGCACCGGGGGGAGCGGCUGGACCCCCGGCAGCGCGUGGCCGGCGCCAUGCUAGCCUUGGUGGCCGUGCAGGGUCUGCACCGGCUUCUCCAGCCGACGGACGUGACCCUGUGGUACGGCACCAGCUUCCUCAAGUACGCCGUUGGGCCCUGGCUGGUGGCAUCUCUCCUGCCCUGGCUCAUCCUCUCCCUCGCCCACCUGCGGGGCUCCCCCCACGCCGAGUAGGGGUCUCCACCGUAGGGGUCCCCACCGUAGGGUUCCCCACCGUCUCCCGGUGAGUCCUGCGCCCUGGCUUUGCCCUUGGCUAUGCCCAUCACCGGUGGCUCGUGGCCUGAACGCGGCCACCACCGGCUCCACGCACCCACGGUUCCCCCUUGGGACCACAGGCCAGUUGUUUAACCCUCGCUGCGCUAACUGCGCUGCUCCCCCAGGGCGGUGGGACCCCCCCCAAGGCGUGGGGGAGGCAGGGGGGGGCACAGUGCCUGGUGGGCGGCAGAGCUGGGGGUGCCCGGUGCCCAGCAGGUCUCAGGACAUGGCGUACGGACAGCCCCCGCCUUGGGGUCGCUGACAAAUGGCACCACCUUCCACUCCCCGCCCUGGGCCCCCUUCCAGCUGCCCCAGUUCUCCCAGUUCAGUUUCCCCCUCUGAGGCAGGGAGGGGUCGGGAUCCCCCACGCUGGGAUCCCCACCGUACCGCAGUGGCCGGAGGGGCCACCCCCCUUCUAACCAAAUAAAACCACCAUUACCAACCUGCCAGCCCUGAGU